CAAAAGGGGGACAUCCCGGUAAUCAAAUACUUUUCACAACUUAUUCUCUGUUUGAAGUUUUGAUCAAUUUGUUCUCUCACACUAAGAACUUGUGUUAUUGAUACACUUCUGUAUAACACAAUUAGAAGAAAAUAUAAUUGAGAAACAGUUAUUAUGUCUAACAACCAUACCGUGAAGGAAUACAAGCUAGUUGUUGUAGGUGGUGGUGGUGUUGGUAAGUCCGCGUUGACAAUUCAAUUCAUCCAAUCGCACUUCGUUGACGAAUAUGACCCAACUAUCGAGGAUUCUUAUCGUAAGCAAGUUGCUAUUGACAACGAAGUCGCCCUUUUAGAUAUCCUGGACACCGCAGGACAAGAGGAAUACAGUGCGAUGAGAGAGCAGUACAUGAGAACGGGAGAGGGUUUCUUACUGGUGUACUCUGUUAUCGAGAGGGAGUCGUUUAACGAGUUGAGUACCUUUUAUCAACAAAUCUUGAGGGUGAAAGAUACCGAUGACGUUCCAAUUGUACUAGUGGGAAACAAAUCUGAUUUAACGGAGGAAAGAUCUGUCAGUUAUGAAGAAGGUGAGAAACUGGCUAAACAGUUCAAUUGUGAGUUCCUGGAGACUAGUGCCAAACAGGGGAUAAACGUUGACCAGGCGUUCCACGACUUGGUGAGAAAGAUCAGGGCCAAGAACGAAUCCAUCACCAAUACAGUCUCCAGUAGACAAUCUAGUACCUUGGGUAAUGAUACCAAGGCUGGCUUGAAACAGGAUGCCCAAGGAACAGGUUCCAAUGUUGGUGGAGGUGCAGGUCAAAGAGUUGGAGGCUCGUCGACAACAGCCACUGGUGGUGACGCUGGCCAAAGGGCCAAACAACAGUCAAGUUCCAAUGCACCAAAGACUGAAAGCUCUGGUGGAUGUUGUAUUAUUAUGUAAUUGAGGAAAAGAGAGGAAGGGAAAAGAAAGACCAACAUGUAUACAUAUUGACAAUUCUACAGCUUUUUCGACGUACGUAAUGAGUAAUUCUGUCAAAGAUUGUUGUUUUUUUGUCUUGGUGUUCUUCAUUCUAUUAACAGCUCUCAAUUAAUGAAGUGAUACACUAUGAAAUGUAGAAUCAAAGAAGCAAAGAUGUAGUCACCAAUUGCCCUCUCUGGACUGAUUCCAGGGAAUAUCUUUGAAUUCGACUGAAGAGAUUGUAAUCUCAACGACACCGUCAGCACAAAUUGUCCCACAGUGGAUAUGAACCCACCCAAGAAGGCAUUGAACGGGAAUGUACCAACAAGGAUAACAAACACGAAUUGUACCAACGCAAC